UGCUCUCUUACGUCCUAGAGGUGUAUUUCGAAUGUCUCCAAGACCCAAACUAAGUGUAGCUUGAUUAGAUUGAGUUUUUUUCUUUCUUAAUUGAUCCAAGAACCAAAGUCCGAACGGCGUCAAACGGCCAGGGAGUGAUCAAUGAUUUCUCUUCUCCGGAGACACCAUUUUGCUUGCGUCCUUGGAAGGCAGCGUUUAAUACACUGCUCUUGGCAGCAUGUAUCGAUAGCAAAUCUUAGCCUUGAAGUAAAGCUUACGUCUGGCAAUUUGCAUACUUUACAGUGCUCACAGGAAUAUAUUACUGCGUCUUUUAGCCCUGGCAAAUUUGAGGUUUUGAUGCUUGCUUCGGAACAAGCUUUUGAGAGGGACAAAGGAGCAUACCCGCAUCGUCUUUCAGCUUAAUGUGAUUUGCCUGGAAAUCGUGCAUCUGUAAUUGCCGAUGCUCUCCAGGCUGAAUAAGAAUAGACAACUGAGAUAAAUGAUGAGAGCCUGUUUGGAGAUGGAUAAAUGAGUGCGAGGAUAUUGAAAAUUGGAAGGAUCAUCAGCAAUAUCUGUACUGAAAUUUGACUCUGUUUCGUUGGUUGGCGCAGUGUCUUUUAGACAUACAUGUAGCAUCUAUACACUGCAACGCUGGUUCUUGACACAGCACCCUUCAGACAAAACAAAACCAGAGAAGACGACAUAGAUAAAUAAAGAGAGCAUGUUUAAAGAUGGAUAAAUAGUGCUCUGAUAUUGAAAAGUGGAUGCAACAUCGGUGAUAUCUACAUGGGAAUCUGACUCGGUUUCAUGGAAGCAGCGGACUUUGCACAUACAUGUAGCUUCUGACCACUGAACUGCUAUACGAUACGAAACUCUUCGGACGGAGCGAUGUUUCGGCCAAACGGACGCAGCGGAGGAGGGGCGGUCAAGGUGGUGACCGAUGGGCGGUUGCCCAUGGUUACCCUUGCUCCUCUCAACAUCGAGGACGACGAUGAAGAGGAGGAAGAAGAAACAUUUGUAGAGUCAGAAAAGCUGAAGGAUACAGCACCCUUUAUCAAAGGAGAUGAUUCAUUGGGAUGCUGUGUGUACUUCUUGAUGAUCUGCUCAUAUCUCGUUGUUGCUAUCACAUUUCCAUUUUCAUUGUUUUUCUGCCUCAAAGUCGUCCAAGAAUAUGAGAGAGCAGUCAUCUUCAGGAUGGGUCGGCUGUUACCGGGUGGGGCCAAAGGGCCAGGUAUUUUCUUCAUUCUUCCAUGCAUCGAUAACUAUGUCAAAGUGGACCUAAGGACAGUUUCGUUUGAUGUACCCCCUCAAGAGGUUUUGUCCAAAGACAGCGUCACAGUGGCCGUAGACGCCGUGGUGUACUACAGGGUCCACAACCCCACCAUUUCAAUUACAAACGUGGAGAAUGCCCAGCGGAGCACGAGGCUGCUAGCGGCCACCACGCUUCGGAACGUUCUAGGGACGAAGACGUUGGGCGAGAUGCUAACAGACAGGGAGAGCAUCAGCAGUCAGAUGCAGUCCGUGCUGGACGAGGCAACCGACCCCUGGGGGGUCAAAGUUGAAAGGGUAGAAAUUAAGGAUGUAAGACUACCAGUCCAACUACAGAGAGCCAUGGCAGCAGAAGCAGAGGCAGCGAGGGAAGCAAGGGCAAAGGUGAUAGCUGCAGAAGGAGAACAAAACGCUUCCAGAGCACUCAAGGAGGCGGCAGAUGUCCUUUCACAGUCACCAGCAGCCCUUCAGCUCCGAUACCUUCAAACUCUCAACACCAUCUCAGCUGAGAAGAACUCCACCAUCAUCUUCCCCUUACCCAUCGACCUCCUCAAUGGCUUCAUGGACGGAAGACGGGCGGAGCCUCCUCCUGACAUUGAAGUCAAGAUGGUGGAGUGAAGGUUCAGAGGUCAGAGGUCGUGCCCUUUAAUCAUCUGUGACUUGGAACUUGGUCGUGCUAUCCUGGUUUACAUUGGUAUACCCUCACCAAGCAACAUGGAAGAUGGACUUGAACCCUUUUGGUGAUGACAUCAUAAUGAGAGGUUUAACCCCGGAUGCAUCUAACCCGUUGCCUACAGGAGCCCGGAGUUGUAUUCCAAAAAUUACGUUAUUUUUUAUGCUAGGGAAAGUGAUAUUAGUUGUCAUAGCAAACUGAAACUGCAUGAAAUAAACACUUACUGUUGUUAUCUGCACUAGUUUGGCCAGGAGGGAUUAGACCUCCCUGCAGGUUUACUGGCAGGUGGUUCAGCUCUCAAUUAACAUAAGAAAAAGGGGGACCAUAGGGGGACCCAUGGGUUCCGCUUAGGCAUUGUUGGCUAUAAAGAGGGCGCAAG